AUGUCAGCCUCAGCCUCAGAUGAUGGUCGGCUCGCGAACAAGUCAGAUCAGGCGCUCGGAAAAAUAAACCGGAUCGGAGGAGUACCCAUGAUAAUGCACAUGUGAACGACAAGCAACCGUGUCCCCUUCCUUCAACAAGGCCGUUCAGUUCUUUCCGUCUCCCGGCAGUAUAUUAGGUAUUCCUCCCCGCUAGCUAGAACGAGUGGAUAGGUCCUUGGCGCGGAGUCCGGAACGGGAAUUCGGAUAAUUUCAUGCUACGCUAGCAGUUUCACUAGCAAUUUCUGGGGCGUGUAGGCGUGAACUGGCGCUCCGGAGUGCGCACGUCUGAACUGGCAUAGCGAGGCGUGCAUUUUUGCUCGAAUGGCGGGCAACGGCGGCGGAAUCAUCACGCAGGUGAACCGCGAUGGUGAGCCCGGGUCGGUAAAUUCGACUAACGGAGACGCAACGAUCAUCCCAGUGUCGGCAGCCCCGCAGACUAAGCGGAGAGGCUUCUUGUCGUCCCUGUUGUGUUGUGUUUCUAGCACACCAACACACACGCACUCGAGCCAUCAACACCCACACCAACAUCAGCAGCAGCACCAGUCGGGAUAUGCGACGGGACCUCCGGGCCCCCAGUCGAGCAAUGUAUCUCCUAUUCACCCUGGCAGCACACCGGCCUUGCUGCCCGAGCCACGUGCACAGGAUCGGAACAGGAAGUGCUUGGUUAUUGAUCUGGAUGAAACGCUUGUGCAUAGCUCCUUCACGCCAGUGGCCAAUGCUGACUUCGUUGUACCAGUGGAGAUUGAUGGUGUUGUCCAUCAGGUGUACGUUCUGAAGAGACCGUACGUGGAUCAGUUCCUCAAACGAAUGGGAGAGCUAUUUGAGUGUGUCCUGUUCACAGCAUCACUUGCCAAGUAUGCUGAUCCAGUGACGGACCUGCUGGACCGUACCGACUGCUUCAGUGCACGAUUGUUCCGCGAGUCGUGCGUUUUCCACCGAGGGAACUACGUCAAAGAUUUAAGCAAGCUGGGCCGCGACAUCAACAACACCAUAAUCAUAGACAACUCUCCGCCAAGCUAUAUAUUCCAUCCCGACAAUGCCGUGCCAGUCGGCUCCUGGUUUGACGACCCCAAGGACACCGAGCUGCUCGACCUAAUACCGUUCUUUGAGGGACUGAGCCAGGUCGAGAAUGCUGUCGAGGUUCUGCAACGCCAAUCGUGACUAUCCAAUCAAUGCUAUCGCAUCUGAAAGCACGCUCCUAGGCCCAGUCGUUAUACAUGCAGUUGGGCCAUGACUUCCCUAACCGUGGCAUGUACUAGUGUGGUGCAACAUGGUGCACUGCAUUCUCAAACCAGUGUCCUUUGACUGGUCGGGACGCCGGGUUGAGCCAGCGGUAGCGACCAGUCGCUGUGUCUUCCAGCGAAUCACUCCGUCUUGCCUCUCGUUGAGCAAGUAAUUUAUAGCCAAAGUGACCAAAGUUGACCCCUGUGCGAAGCUGAACCCGCCGCUUCAGCGUGCGGCUCUCUUUCACUUGACUAUCUCUACAGCAACCUGUGGCUGGUCCACAAGGUGCCUCUUGUUCUCCCCCUUUCGUCAAAUAUGUACAAAGUUUAUUGUAUUCGAACCUUGUGAACAUGGUGAAUGGCAUUGUGAGAGAUACACCCUUAGUUAACACUACACUGUCAAUCAAUAUGGAAUGGAGUUGGUACUGUGGUGUAUUGUCAAGCCUCUCCUUCUCUUUAUGAUGAGAUUCAGACCUCAAAGUCCCUGAGUCCCAUCCACAAUGUUUUUUGUUUCUCUUGCCUUAGUUGAUGUGUUUGAGCUCCUUUUCUGUAAUUUUCUUCGCAUAUUUUGUAAACUUUGUAGCUAGAGAGACUUCUGUAACAUUAUCCAAGAAUGUUUGGUGCGCUGGCACCUUUCUCAGUGGACUGAGCAAGUCAUCACUGGACGGUACCAGAAUUUUGCUGGCUUUUCCAAACCCCUGGUACUUAAAUAAGCAGGCUCUCUCAAUAAAGGUAUGUUAUUAAGCCACUAGUGCACACAUCUUCCUUUGACCUGACCGUUUUAGCUCCUGUAAUAUUAUAUUUUGUGUUCUACGUUCGUUUCCUUUCCUUGUCAAACUCUGGUUGUAUAUUUUAUUGCACUCAUGAAGAAAGUCGAAAUGUACCCGACCUUUCA